AUGUGUCCUCUUUCUCCUCUGGAAUCUUUUGCUCAGCAGAUCUGCGUCGCUUCGAAGAUAAUUAGUGCCUACUGUCAAUCAAGCGGCUACCCGCACCCUUCAUUUGACACGGAGGCUCCGAGCAUUACUAUUCCAUCUUCCGCACCUCAGUACAUCUUGUCCGCGCGGCAGACCCUCGUCGAAGCAGCUUUGAAGAUUCAACAAUUAGCUACUGAACCUUCUGAUUACCUUCCGCGCCUAACUAUCCAGUACCAACAUCUGAGUUGUCUACGUUGGCUUUGCCACUUCCGCAUCCUUUCGUUUGUUCCACUUCAUGGCUCUGCACCUUAUGCGGAUGUUGCUGUUGCAGCUGGUGUCCCCGAGUCUCAUCUCAAAAGAGUGGCACGCAUGGCAAUGACAAGCAACUUUCUUUGCGAGCCCGUUGCCGGAGAAUUGGCUCAUAACGCGAACUCGGCGCUACUUGUUACUAAUCCAAAGUUCUUGGAUUGGGCACUUUUCAUGACAGAAUCCUCGGCUCCCACCGCUUCGAAAAUGGUUGAAGCCACUGACCGGUGGGGCGAGACAUCAGCCAAAGAACAAACGGCUUACAACAUUGCAAUGAAGACCGAAUUGUCCUUUUUUGAUCAUCUUUCCUGCUCAUCCCACCUGGAAAGACAGUUUGCAGCUUACAUGAAGAAUGCCACUUCCAGCGAAGGGACGAGUAUGAAACAUCUCGUCAAUGGCUUUGACUGGGCAAGCUUACGUGAGGCAACCAUAGUCGAUGUGGGCGGUUCAAGCGGCCAUGCGAGCAUUGCUCUCGCCAGUUCUUUCCCUCAGCUCAAUUGUAUUGUCCAAGACCGCGCAGAUACGUUGGCUAGCUGCAAAACCAAUCUAGCCAGUCUUCCAGACUCCGUGUCUUCCCGAAUCAGCUUCCAGCCGCACGAUUUCUUCGGACCACAGCCGGUCAAAGGCGCAGAUGUAUACCUGUUGCGCAUGAUUUUGCAUGAAUGGCCUACUGGAGAUGCAGCUAAAAUACUCGCAAACCUGGCUUUGGCCCUCAAGCCUGGAGCUCGCAUUCUGGUCAUGGACACUGUCUUGCAUUCCCCUGGCUCCAUCCCUACGCAUGAAGAGGCCCUUCUUCGAGCUCGUGAUCUUACUAUGCUGCAGGUAUUCAAUAGCCAGGAACGUGACUUGGGUGACUGGACCCGACUUUUAGCGCAAACUGAAUGCAAUUUAUCACUCAAAAGCGUUAGGCAUCCUUUCGGAAGCCUCAUGUCGGUUAUGGAGGUAGUCCAGGGUCCCACUCGGCUCACUGAAGAAGCAAAAUCCUUUCACCCAUUCGUGGCUGAGACACCCAUGCCCAUUGCAAUCCUUUGA